GUUUAAAAUGUCCAUAAUAUAGAAACAAUCAUGGCAGAAUUGCUACUUGACUCAAACAUACGUGUUUGGGUGUUUUUACCUAUUGUACUGAUUACGUUUCUUAUCGGAAUUUUGAGACAUUACGUAACCAUAUUACUGUCUUCGGAAAAAAAGUCGGAAUUAAGACAAGUAUCUGAUAGUCAUGCCUUGAUUAGAAGUCGCAUUUUAAGGGAAAAUGGAAAAUACAUCCCAAAACAAUCAUUUCUGGUCCGCAAAUCUUUUUUCAACAAUGAAGAUAAAGGAUUUUUCAAAGUAGAGAAAAGGGAAUCUCAAGCGAAAAAUCCUAUGACAGAUCCUUCAAUGAUGACAGACAUGAUGAAAGGAAAUGUAACUAAUGUCUUACCAAUGAUAAUAAUUGGUGGAUGGAUCAAUUGGGCCUUUUCUGGAUUUUUAACAACAAAAGUUCCAUUUCCAUUGACAUUUCGCUUCAAGCCAAUGUUACAGAGAGGAGUUGAGCUCAUAACACUGGAUGCUUCUUGGGUGAGCUCGGCUUCCUGGUAUUUUCUGAACGUGUUUGGUCUUCGUAGUAUGUACACACUGAUAUUGGGUCAAGAUAAUGCUGCUGACCAAACCAGAGCUAUGCAAGAUCAAAUGUCUGGCUCUGCCAUGAUGGCACCUCCAGAUCCAAUGAAAGCAUUCAAAGCAGAAUGGGAGGCCCUUGAGGUGGCCACUCAUGAUUGGGCACUGGAAGGUGUGGAAGAAGAGCUGACAGGUGGCAUCAUCCAACCAGAGACAAUCUAUCUUAGAUCUAAAAACUAGUCCAAGUAGAUUAGAGACAGAUCUAUUUAUUCAUAAAUGUUGUAUUAAAAAAAUUCAAAAUAGUGAAUGGUUUUGUGAUCAAGUAUGGAUUUUAAAAAUGUGUGCUUUUUGUUUUAUGACAACUCUUUUCUUUAUAAGAUGUGUUGUCAGAAUGCUAAUAAUUAUUUGUUUAUUUUUUACGAUGUUAUCUGAAUGGUAGUUUGAGUGAACGAACAAGUUUUGAAUUUAAUAUCAUCGCUAAGUGUGACUCAGCACUCCACUGCCUCAAUUUGUUGUUCGUUUAUUUAUUGUGAAUUUUCACAUUUGAACAUAAGUAUGAAAUUGUGAAGCAUGCGUGAUCAGUUAUCAAGAAAACAUCUGUUUGUAUCUUUAUAAUAAAAAAAAAAUGUGAAUAUUUUUUUUGGCAAUAAAAAUGAUUCUGUAAUUAAA